AUGAUUCAGCAUAAGGUAUCAGAUGAGGACAUAGACAAGAAUGAGGCAGAAGACAAACAACAAAGGAUGUCUUCUCAGAGUGGACUUGAAGAUGACCAGUUAUCAGAUGAGGACAUAGACAAGAAUGAGGCAGAAGACAAACAACAAAGGAUGUCUUCUCAGAGUGGACUUGAAGAUGACCAGUUAUCAGAUGAGGACAUAGACAAGAAUGAGGCAGAAGACAAACAACAAAGGAUGUCUUCUCAGAGUGGACUUGAAGAUGACCAGUUAUCAGAUGAGGACAUAGACAAGAAUGAGGCAGAAGACAAACAACAAAGGAUGUCUUCUCAGAGUGGACUUGAAGAUGACCAGUUAUCAGAUGAGGACAUAGACAAGAAUGAGGCAGAAACUGAAGAACAGAAUUUGCAAAGAGGAGCACAAGAUGUCAAUAAAAACACAGGCACCAAAACACAUUGGCGGAAGUUGCCACACAAUUCCAAUGCUGUCCUGAUCCAUCUGAAAGCCAUGAAGGACUUCAUAAAAGAAUGCAGGAUUCCCGACAUGGAAGAGGGGGACAAGUUAGGAGACAGUCCCUUAACUCAGGAGGAAGAUGAUGAAGAAAGAAGAAAUGCCCACACAGCUGUUGGCAGAUCUCCCUUCACAUAUGAGUUUAGGAAGGUCAUGGAGGAGGUACAGGGAGAGCUUGAAAAAGAGGAGGUUGAAACCCCACAGGAUGAAAAUCCAUACUUUUGCCCUGGCAUUGUUGAUGUCCUUUUUGACAACUAUCUAGGGAUGUUUCCCCUUUGGAGUGGGCUGCUGUUGGGGAAUUUGAAAAGAUAUGCAACUGACACAGAGGAAGACACAUUUGGCCAAAGUAAAACAAGGGACACAAACUGCCAUGUGGAGAGAUGGUUUGGAAUAGUCAAACAUUCUAUUCUAAAAAAGCAGAGACGACUGAGGCCAGCGACAUUCAUCAGAAAGAUGUAUGGCUCUCUCCAGGGGAGGUACAGAGAACACAUAAUGGCACAUCACUUAUCUGAGCAGUUACUCCUCAAAACUUUGCUACCAAAAGACAUCAGUCAAUCGAAGGAAGGUUGGGCAAAGAGAGAUGGAGCAAAGCCUCGCACUUCCAGCUCCAAAUAUUACACCACUCCAGACAUUCUUCCAGUUCCAAAAAGAGCAAAGUUAACUCUGAACACUGGUGAAGAUAUUCAGAGCAGCACAGAUGUGGAGAACAGCAGCAACCCCACAAGUAAAGGGUCCAAGCCUGCAACAGAGGUUGAUGCCCUUUGGACAUGCAAACCAACUGAAGUUGUUGUGGCUGUUGUAAGACAUGCUGAAGAGAAGCAUAAUUUCACCCUGAGGCACAGAGAAUUUCAGAGUUUGAGACCUGACGAACUCAUCAUAGGCGAGGUAAUGGAAUGUUACAUUAGAGGCAUCCUCAACCUGAAGGAUAAUGCUGGUCGUCUAUAUCUCCUGGAUCACUACACCAUGGGUGUAAUCCUACACGGCACCCGAGAGCAGAUAGCCAGGCAAGAGCUAAAAAAGGUGACAUUUGAUCUCUAUGAUGGAGCCAUUGGAUUUGUCAAUAUAAGAAAUGUGCACUGGAAGUUUGUGUACCUCCAUGCCCUUUCAAACCACAUUUAUGUGGUUGAUCCUCUGCAAGGGUCAAAUGAAGUUGAGGACUCCAGAAAGGUUGCUUACAAAUUUGGAGAGUAUUUCAAGAUGCGCCGGAACAGACUGGGAAAAGAGGACUGGGUUAGCAUCAAAUGGCAGCCUGGAAAAAUAACCCACACCUUCCAGAAAGAUGCCACCAGUUGUGGAGCCUUUGUCAUGCAGAUGGCCGAGAUGACAGUGAAGGAAUUUCCCAAAAUUCCAAAGACGUUUCACAUCAAGUCAUCACAACAUCUACGAAGAGACAUGGCAGAAGACAUUCUCAGAGGAUCAGUUUCAAAGGAUGACUUCUGUUCCUUCUGUGGGAUUGAGGACCUGCCCACAAAUGAAAGCUUUAGCGCAAUUUUAGCACAGUACAGAUAA